AAGUUAUAGAAUCUGACAUCUGAUAUGACAAAUUUUCCUUCACAAUCAUGGAGUUGGGUACCCAGAGUAUUCCCUCACCUGCAAUCAUAACCUUCUUCCUUUUCUUGUUCACAGUGUUUGCCAUAUUUUGGAGAACAAAAACCAAGCCUUCAAGCUCCAAGUUGCCACCAGGACCACCAAAACUUCCUCUCAUAGGAAAUUUGCACCAGCUUAGUGCAAUGCCUCAUCAAGGCCUAGCUAAAUUAUCACAACAAUAUGGUCCUCUCAUGCACAUUAAACUUGGUGGACUUUCUACAAUAGUGGUGUCUUCUCCUGAAAUGGCCAAAGAAAUAAUGAAGACACAUGACAUCAUUUUUGCAAAUAGGCCUUAUCUUCUUGCUGCUGAUGUUUUAUCCUAUGGUUCUAAGGGCAUGAGCUUUUCCCCCUUAGGAAGUUAUUGGAGGCAGAUGAGAAAAAUUUGCACCUUUGAGUUACUAACUCCAAAGCGUGUUGAAUCAUUUCAGUCAAUUAGGCAAGAGGAGGCUUCAAAUCUUGUUAAAGAGAUAUGUUUGAAUGAAGGGUCAUCAAUUAAUCUCACUAAGAUGAUAUCUUCAUUCUCCUAUGGCUUCACAUCACGUGUAGCCUUUGGAGGGAAAUCUGAAUAUCAACAAGAUUUCAUUUCUGUUAUGAAGGAUGUUGUAAAAGUUGUUGCUGGUUUCUCCAUAGCUGACUUGUAUCCUUCUAUUGAAGUGCUUCAAGUUUUGACAGGGUUAAGGUCCAAAGUUGUGAAACUACAUCAAGAAAUAGAUAGGAUUCUUGAGAAAAUUGUCAGAGAUCAUAGGGAGACAAGUUCAGAAACUAAGGAAAUCAAUGAAAAAGCAGGUGAAGAUCUAGUUGAUGUCCUACUAAGGCUUCAGAAGCAGAACAACCUUGAGCAUCCUCUAUCUGACAGUGUUAUCAAAGCAACCAUUUUGGAUAUCUUCAGUGCUGGAAGUGGUACUUCAGCUAAAACCAUAGAGUGGGCAAUGUCAGAACUUGUAAAAAACCCAAGUGUGAUGGAAAGAGCACGAGCUGAAGUAAGAAGGGUCUUUGACGGAAAAGGGCAUGUAGAAGAAGCCAACCUCCGUGAACUGAAGUACUUAAAAUCAGUAAUCAAAGAAACUAUGCGUCUACAUAUUCCUGUUCCAUUAUUACUACCAAGGGAAUGUAGUGAGAAAUGUGAAAUUAAUGGGUAUGAAAUACCAGCUAAGACUAAGGUCAUUGUUAAUGCUUGGGCUAUUGGUAGGGAUCCACACUAUUGGAAUGAAGCAGAGAAAUUUUAUCCAGAAAGGUUCCUUGAUAGCUCAAUUGAUUACAAAGGUGCAGAUUUUCAGUUUAUUCCAUUUGGUGCUGGAAGAAGGAUGUGUCCUGGCACUACAUUUGGCAUUGCUAAUGUUGAACUCUUACUAGCAAAUUUGCUUUUUCAUUUUGAUUGGAAUAUGCCUAAUGGUAAUAAUCCUGAGGAACUUGACAUGAGUGAAUCAUUUGGCUUGUCUGUUAGAAGAAAAAAUGAUUUGUACUUGAUUCCUAAUAUGUAUCACUCAUCUACUUAUUAAAGCCAGUGCAUACACUCUUUUUUAUGCUCUAAUUCAGUAGGCGUUACUACUUUUGGGUAAACCUUGACUACAUGCUGAAAGGUACAAUG